AUGACGUUACCCGGAAAUAAUAACGCCUAUCGUCGAUUAAUGUUGCGGAUCGCCAUGUUUCUACCGGAGCGAUUUCGCCCUGCGUUUCUGCAUCCUGUGGGCCCGACUACUGUAUUUUUUUGGGCGCCGACGUUCAAGUGGGGCUUAGUACUUGCGGGCAUAGGAGAUCUCAAACGACCCCCGGACACGAUUUCUCUCAGCCAAACCGCGAGUUUGAUGCUCACAGGCGCUAUAUGGUCUAGGUACUCAUUGGUGAUCACGCCUAAGAACUACAAUCUGUUCAGCGUGAACUUGUUCACCUGUGGUACAGCGACGUACAACUUCAUUCGGGGAGCGUUGUAUCACGUGCAGGAGAGCAAAUGA